AUGAUAAUUUUCCCCGGGAAUCGCCUCCUAGUGCGAUAUUUUUGUGGCCUUGUUGCAGUACUUCAAGCUUUCGUUUGCAUUUUCGUUGUGCUUGUCCAAACAUCGGGCAUACAUCCAGAAAACUGCACAUGGUUUGUCAAAAUAGUCGGUCGAGAGAACACUAGUGCGAUACAUUCGUCUAUUUCACCAGGUGGAAGUUAUUUUCUACGAGUACAAGUCCUCUGCAAUAACAAAAUCAAUUCUGAAGUGUCAAGGUACUUGGCCCUUCUUGGUGUAAUGCCMAAUGUCAACAUUGAAAGUGAAGUUAUYGUGCAAAAUGAAAAUGGCUUUCAUACAUCACAGUUUGUUGACACAAUAGAAACAGCAAUAGUAGACAUGGGCCAACAGGAAAAUUGCUAUUGUUUGAUGUCAAAAUCCAGGUGUUAUUGCGAUAGUAAUAUCCCAACAUGUGCAAGGAAUGGUCUUGAAAUUACAACAAACUGUUCUGACUGCAUGAMGUUGGAUUGUUCCUCAUCAAGUGAGUUGUGUAAYCCUGCCUGGYUGGCUCCUCUUUCACCAAGAGAAUGGGCCACWAGYCUGGAUGUAACCAUAGAUAGUUUUGGUGUUGGACCAUAUCUUGACUUGCCAAGCACCAUCUUCCAUGUUGAUGUUUUCCGUGACARCCAACAAARCAACAUCAUUGGAGMAAGGACAGCAAGUUUCCCUAAGGUUUCCAAGCCAGUGUAUUUGWAUUGUGUUGCCCAGCACUCCCCAGUGUGUGUAAUUACAAGUCUUCCCUUGUCAAAUGUGGCACUGUAUUCAAAUUCAGAGUUUGCAGCCAUGGAAAUCAUCCAGGUAUCAGACAUUUUCAAUGGCACAUCUGUAUGCAGUGAGMCCUACCCAUCUUUAGAUGUCAUCAAAGGUUCCAUAUCUAUGUUGGAUACUGUCAUCUUUAACACUCCUGUUGGUUUAAUAGAAGUGAAAGGAAGUUUAAAAUCUUCCCUACCAACAGACCAUGCAACAAAAAGUAACGUUUUGCGUCACUGCAUCAAACAUCUUGUUGGACCAGCAGCAGUGGCAUCACAAGYAACAACCAUCCUAGCCAUAGGUGAUAAACCGCAUCACAAUAAGAUAUUUACUGCUGAUAUAGUACCAGGUAUUGCCACUUUUAUUGUUUUUUCUUGGCUCUCAGUUGCGCGUGGGACAAGUGGGAUUUUCGGAGAAAAAAUCUUUGAAAUCGGUCCAUUUAAUUUGCACUUCACAGGAAAAUCUGUUGUUUUCCAAGASCUACUCGACUCUAACAACUCAGAUGUAUGCCAUUUUAUCAACGUCCAACUCAGUAUCGAUGUGAAGUCUUGUAGUGUUGUCACUGGUAGUGUUAAUAGUGAUGGUUCAGUCUUGGUGCUUCUUGAGAUCAUUGAUGCGCUAUCCUCUGCGCAGUAUCASAUCGUCAAGAUUGAAGGGUUAAAUGGCACAAGUCAAUGGGCAUUGGUCUACAGUAUUCCUACAAGACUCCCAGAUUCUCAUGAUCAUGAAGAAAACUCGUUUAUCCUUGAUCAAAGCUUCGAUGAUUCUAUCAAUUCUACCCAAAAACCCAUAUUGGUUGGCAUGUCACAUACAGCAAUCAUUGGUAAUGAUGUGUUUCUGUGGGGAAACAUGCURUUAUAUAGUCCCCAUGGAGGAUCAUCUCUACAAAGACUGACGUCAUUUCCGUCCAACUCCAACAUCACCUUAUUUACUUCCUGUUUCGAUGGCACAUACGCUUUCUUGACAGAYAGCAACGAGCUAUGGGUCGGGAUGGUCGGAACUACUCUGUUAUUGAAACUCGAGACCACACCCAACACCUGGAUGCAAAAUCCUYUGCUGGAUUCCCAUGACAACGCAACCKUGGUAACCAUGUUUUUUGACUCGUCAGGGACACUGCAACAGAUUGUAGCCAACACAGAAGAAAACUGCAUAUYCCGUCAACAAGUACCUCUCCAUGACAUCGUCACAUCACUAAACUACCACAAAUCAAGGMUCGAAAAYUGGAAACAAACCAACUUUUCGUCAUCUAACAACAAUUCCUGCCCUUCAACCUCAUCUGAAGAARCAACUAGUUUCCCCCUAAACUACGUAGAACGUAAAUGCCCGUAUGYCAAGAUGCGAACGCUUGCSUUACGCAGUGAACUGUUCAGUCGUAAGAUACAUACAGCUAGCAAACCCCCUCAGAUUCACAACGCCACGCUGCAGCAUUCCGCUAAAGAGCUUGCAGAACACUUUUCGAGAGGUUCAGAGUUUAAAGCUGUCGGUGAUAGAUAUGAYGAUGGACURCCUCGAGAGAUAUCACUGCAUCGCCUUGAAUCUUAUACCUUUGAGUURUACUUGCAUCUGGAUGGUCARGAUUCAAUAGGUUAG